CACACACACACACACACACACACACACACACACACACACACACCUCUUAUUAUGAUUCCACUUUCGAGUCUGCCAAAAAAAGCAGGUUCUGUGGGUGAUAGAAGGAGUCCAGGUGAUCUUCCAAGGAGACUGUUAAUUUUCACAGACCUACCCACAACACUGAUGUAGAAGGCCCCGUUAACUCAAGUACUGGAAGAAUUUUUCUAAUUUUUUAGGGAGUUGUGUGAGUAUAAUAAUCUCAGUGCUUUUUUUACUUCCAAAACUGGAAAGUGAGUUAAACAUCAGAAACAACAGUAUCAGCUCCUGUCCUGGCUACCAUGGAGUUUCUUGAGAGAACGUACCUUGUGAAUGAUCAAGCUACCAAGAUGUACGCCUUCACUCUGGGCAGAGAACUUCGACAGAAGCCUGUGAAUAAAGAUCAGUGUCCUGGAGACAGGCCAGAGCAUCCAGAGGCAGGAGGCAUCUAUCACUGCCACAACAGCACCAAGGCCACAGGGAACAGGUCGAGCAAGCAAGCGCAUGCCGAGUGGAGACUGUGUGCUGCUUCAGCAAUAUGCUUCAUCUUUAUUGUGGCAGAGGUGGUGGGUGGACGUGUUGCUGGGAGUCUGGCUGUUCUCACGGAUGCUGCUCAUCUCUUAAUUGACCUGACUAGUUUCCUGCUCAGUCUCUUUUCUUUGUGGUUAUCAUCAAGGCCCCCUUCCAAGCGGCUGACAUUUGGGUGGUACCGAGCAGAGGUCCUCGGUGCCCUGCUGUCUGUCCUUUGCAUCUGGGUGGUGACUGGUGUGCUGGUGUACCUUGCCUGUGAGCGCCUCUUGUAUCCUGAUUACCAGAUCCAAGCAGGCAUCAUGAUCAUUGUUUCAGGCUGUGCAGUGGCAGCCAAUGUUGUACUAACUAUGAUUUUGCACCAACGGAACCUUGGCCACAACCACAAGGAUGUACAAGCUAAUGCCAGCGUCCGAGCAGCCUUUGUGCAUGCACUGGGGGAUGUAUUUCAGAGCAUCAGUGUGCUAGUUAGUGCUCUUGUGAUCUACUUUAAGCCUGACUACAAAAUCGCUGAUCCAGUGUGCACAUUUAUCUUUUCCAUUCUGGUUUUGGCCAGCACCGUCAUGAUCUUAAAAGACUUCUCCAUCUUACUCAUGGAAGGUGUUCCAACGGGCCUGAGUUACAACAGUGUGAAAGAGCUCAUCCUUGGAGUUGAUGGUGUGAUCUCUGUGCACAGUCUACACAUCUGGGCUUUGACAGUGAACCAAGUGAUUCUCUCUGUUCAUGUGGCUACAGCUGCCAGCCAGGACAGUCAGUCUGUGCGGACAGGAAUUGCUUGUGCCCUCAGCAGUAGUUUUGAUCUGCACUCUCUUACCAUUCAGAUAGAAUCUGCAGCAGACCAGGACCCCAGCUGCCUUCUCUGUGAAGACCCUCAAGACUAGCUCGGUCACACUGUCAGCUUCCUGUGUUUCCUAGGCCAUGAGAAGCUGCAGCAAAGUUUCCGCAAUGCACAAUUAAGCAACCAGUGGAAUAGAUUUGAGAAACUCAUGACAAUGCAAUGUGCAUGCUCUUUCUUUGUAUUUAUCUCCAUCCACCAUGAAUGAGGAUGCAUGGGAUUCAUCAGCUUCUUGGAUUAUAUACUAAUCAGUAGUUGCUCUCAAUUAUAGUAUAUAUAGAUUAUUCCUAAAUGGGGCUGAAAUAACAGAUGUUUGCAACCAUAGGUAAUGAAUGAUUAACUUCCCUACACUAGUAGGUAUAGUUGAAUUCAGGAAUACCUUUUUAGGAAUCCACAGCA